AUGAGUACAGUGUCGGAAUCUUUGGUGGGAAGCAGCAGGUCCUUGUCUGCUGCCAAAAGACACAAGAGCACCAGGAAAAAUUCCAGGAGGAUUUAUUCAACUUACCAGGACCACCAGCAUGGCUCCUCUGAUGAAGAAGACAAAGAGGAUGAACGGGCCGACAGCAACGAUCCAGAGGAGAUGUUCCAGAACAUUCAGUACCAGAAGGAGAUCAUUGCCAACAUUCGGACCAGACCCUGGCCAAUGAGACGCAAGCUCAAAGUUUUAAAGCAUGCCAGAGAGAUUGUACUGAAGUAUGAGGGGCGACUGACGAGAACAAGAGGCUAUCAGACGGCAGGAGCUGAUCUGCUGAAGAAGCUGUCCCGUGUACUUUACAACAUUGUGGUUGUGUUUAUUCCAUGGGAAGUGAGGAUUAAGAAAAUUGAAAGUCAUUUUGGGUCAGGCGUUGCCUCCUACUUCAUAUUUCUACGCUGGCUGUUUGGGAUCAACAUUGUCCUCACCAUCAUGACUGGAGCAUUCAUCGUGUUACCAGAGCUGCUUGCUGGAGCCCCAUUUGGAACAACGAGGAGUAAAACUAUUCCCAAGGAGCACCUGGCUUCUGCCCAAGACCUGGACACCAUCUGGUCUCUUGGGGGGUACCUGCAGUACUCCGUGUUGUUCUAUGGUUACUACGGGAGGGUGAGGAAAAUUGGCAGUGCAGGAUACCGACUGCCCCUCGCCUACUUCUUGGUUGGGAUGGCUGUCUUUGCCUACAGUUUCAUCAUUCUGUUAAGAAAAAUGGCCAAGAACUCACGCCUCAGUCUGGCCAGUGCUUCUGAUGAAAACUUCACGUUCUGUUGGAGGGUGUUUUGUGCCUGGGAUUAUCUGAUUGGAAAUCCAGAGGCUGCAGAAAGCAAAGGAGCGGCUAUCGUCAACAACAUCAGGGAAGCCAUUGUUGAGGAACAGGAAAAGAAGAAAGAUACCAGUCUGGCUGUUCUGAUCAGUCUCCGCUUAUUAGCCAACAUCCUGGUGCUGAUGUCUCUGGCUGGCAGCAUAUAUAUCAUCUAUUUUGUGGUCGACCGUUCUCAGAAAUUGGAGCAGGAGAAGCCGGAGCUAACGCUAUGGGAAAAGAACGAGGUUAGUGUUGUGGUUUCUCUCAUCACCAUGAUCGCUCCAUCUGCCUUUGAGCUUGUAGCUCAGUUGGAGAUGUAUCAUCCAAGAACAUCUCUGCGUUUCCAGCUGGCCAGAGUGCUUGUUUUAUAUCUUGGGAAUCUCUAUAGCCUCAUUAUUGCCCUCCUUGAUAAGGUCAACAGUAUGAGCUCUGCGAUUCAGGUGACUUCAGCUAACUGGUCGGACACCAGCUCCUACUUAGCCACAAACUCCCAGGCUGGCAUGAACAGUAUGUCAACCCUGGUGUCUGAAAUUUCACAUCACAACAGCACCAUCGCGACCACUGCCGUGAUGUUAGAUGUGACAAACAGCAGCAGGACCGGCACAGCGACAUUCUCCAACCAGACCGUUCAGUUUGGAAAAAACACUCGAUCUCAGCAGGACCAGUGCUGGGAGACCUACGUUGGGCAGGAGAUGCUGAAGCUGUCCAUCAUCGACAUGAUCUUCACAGUGGCCAGCAUCCUGCUCAUUGACUUUAUCAGAGGCUUGGUGGUUCGUUACCUCAGCGACUGCUGCUGCUGGGAUUUGGAGAGCAAGUUUCCUGAAUACGGGGAAUUCAAAAUAGCAGAGAAUGUCUUGCAUUUGAUUUACAACCAAGGGAUGAUCUGGAUGGGAGCUUUUUUCUCCCCUUGUCUUCCUGCCUUUAACGUGUUGAAGCUGAUUGGUCUUAUGUAUUUGAGGAGUUGGGCCGUUCUCACCUGCAAUGUUCCCCAUCAGCAGGUGUUCCGAGCAUCCAGAUCCAAUAAUUUCUACUUGGCGAUGCUGCUUUUCAUGCUCUUUCUGUGUAUGCUGCCUACCAUAUUUGCUAUUGUAAGGUAUCGGCCAUCACAGCACUGCGGACCAUUUAGUGGUCAAGAGAAGAUCUAUGAUAUCAUAUCUGAAACAGUGGCCAGUGACUUUCCCCAAUGGUUCAGUAAAGUGAUGGGUUACAUCACCAGCCCUGUUGUAGUACUACCAGCACUACUGCUUCUGUUCAUGCUGAUAUACUACCUUCAGGCCAUUGCCAGAUCGCUCAAAUUUACCAACAACCAGCUGAGAAUGCAGCUCCAGACUGAGCGCACCGAUGACAAAAAGAAAGUCUUCAACGUGGCUGCAGGUGUAGCAGGGAUACUGCAGACACCAGGAGAGGCCGUGGUGGAAAACAAAGCAGAUGAACAGGAGAGUGACAUCACCAGCCAAGAUCCCUCCAUCCAAACGCCAUCCCCACAGCGGAAUGGCAGCAUCACAAACUUACAUACUGCCGGGCAGCGCAGUAACAGCAUCCGCACAAUUACGCAGUCGGCUUCCCGUGGAGAGCUGAGCAGAGCAAAUGUGGCUGGAUCCUCCAGAAGUCCUGCUGUGUCCGCACUGCCAAAACAUAGGCUGGAGCACGUACCAAACAGGCCCACACCGUUUCUUGGAGGCCCAAGUGGUUCCUGCCGCUCCAAGUCGUACUACCACAAGGCUUACAAUCACCCAGCCAAAAACUCAGACCACACCCAUUCGGACCCCAUUUACAGGAAGACUGUACGUGCGAUGCAACCCGGGAUCAUCACCGCACAGAGCUACGGGGGCCGCCGCGGUCACGCCACUCGAUACGUCAUUGUCAAUGAACACGAACCCAGGAAGAAGCUGCUUCGAUCGGCUACGCGCAUCCCACGCCAUUACUUUAUGGAGGAAGAGCCGGCCGAGAUCCUGGAGCUCUACCCGUGCAACAUCAAGCGCUACACCCCUCGGACCCCGCACCACCAAGCGCACAGAUCUCACCUGUCCCAACAGAAUCUCAGUGAGGACGAAGAGGAAGAAGGGAAGCGCAGAAGAAGGGUAUUGUUAGGGAAGACACAUCGACCCUGUUCUUUAUCUGAUCUUCACCAGCCGGCACACUUCUACAUCGGGGACAGAUUAGAAAGCCAUGUGUCCAUAUCUAAAGACAACCAUGUAGGUGGACGACGGUAUGGAGCCCAAGAAGAAGAUGACGGAGCUAUGGAAUGGAGAGAUUUCAAGUCACACUCCCGGUCCCAGGACAGUAUCAGAGGAGCGGAGCCUCUACUGGUCCAAACCAGGCGCCACGUGACUUCCCCUGGAAGAUACGGCCAUUCCCCGGCCAGAAACAGGCACAUGGGACCGUACAUGAAACCUAAGAGUCGACCAAAGCUGGAGCACUCUCCAACUGAGUCUGACUCCGCCUCCCUGGCAUCCAGCAGUGAUCAGCAGAACAGCAGUACUGACCAGUACAUUCAGGUAAUCCACAACAAGGAGCGCUAUCUCAAGUCCAGGCAAGGAAAGUUGUCCAAAAAAAGGUUUAAACUAAGCUUGGAUCUCAACUCCCCUGAGUCAAAUGACCUGGUUUGUUCCAAUGUGUGACAUAUUGAUCAAAACCACGCGCUUGAAUUUACUAGGAGCUUUACGUUGACAGUGUAAC